AUGAUUCCAAUAGUUCCAUUAAUAAAAUCGGUUGUUUAAGAAUCGUAGUAGUUAUUUACUGCUAAAGAUGAAUUCGAAAAGAAACAAAAUGAAUUAAUGUAAUUAAUAAUAGAUAUAACUCAAUCCUUGGAUUAAGUGGAAUACUUUGAUAAUAUUCAAGAAGAGUUAUACACUAACGAUGAAAAGCAAUUUAUAAAGUAAUGCAAAGAUCUCUUGCACCAAAGUGAGCAGUUAGUCCAAUAAUUACCAUCCAAUUUAACUAAGUAAAAUAUUUGAUUUAUAAAACUUGAAGAAUAAAUGGCUAUCUUUUUAGUAAAACUAAUAACUAUAAAGAGUUACUACAACAUUUAUAAGAACUAAAUAAAAUAAGCUCCUAAAUUCGUUCAUUAGAAUUAUAAUCCUAUGAAGUUUUAAAAACUGUGGUAGUUUUUUAACCAAGGAUCUAAUGUAUAUAAUGAUUCUAAAUUAUAAGCCAUGCAUGAAGUGUAGAUAUUUCUUAAGCUUAAAGCUCCUAAAGAAAUAUAAGAAAUAUUUAAUUAAUACCCUAGACAUUUAAAAAGCGAAUAUGCUUUCAAGUUCCAGAUUGAUGAUACUUUACUCUCUAAAAACGUAUUCAAUUUUUCAAGAAAGGAGUUUAUGAAACUCCAAUAAAUAAAAAAAGAUGCACAAAUUUAUACUAUCUCAAAAAGGUAACAUUGUUCAUUAGAAAUACGAAAUAUUUAAUAAAAUUUAUAUAUACAAUAAAAAUCAUAGAUUUUGAAAUCACAAUUUACUCCUCCUCAUUAAGAAAUAAACUAAGAACAAGAGAAUAAAGGGCAAUUGUUUAGACUAUAUUUAGUAGUUAAUGGAUAAAAUGGAAUAUCAAUUAUAAGAGAUAAAGAUUAAAGAAUAUAUGUAGGAUGUGGUUAAGACUUUUGUUUAUAAGAAAAAGAUAAAAUUAUUAUUCUAUAAAAUUCUAAUUAAGAGACUUUAAUAUCAUAUAAUAUUAAAAGGUUAAUUAUUAAAUAAUUAUGA